AUGGAAUUCCUCUCACACACGGUGGCCAACGGCGUGUGCCACCAUAAUGCUCAUGCUGCUCUUGCUAGCACUGGCAGAGGCAGUGUUGCCAGCCGUGAACAUAAAGGCGAAAUCACGCCACCGGAGCAGCGUACAGCACACUGCCAAGCAACAACGCACCGGUUGUCAACAGUUUCCCCCACGGUGCCGGGCGUCGGAACGCGUUGCCUGGAACUGGUCGAGCAGGCCGUAGCGCUGGAACGGCGCAUGUCAGGAAGCGGGCGCGACGUAAAGGUGUCGCUGGUUGAAAUCGGCGAUCUAUGCUUCGCUACCAAGGUAAACGAUAAACAAAUUAUCUUCUGCACCAGGCGACGCCCAGCGGAGGCCCCGGUAACAGGGGGCAGCAGCAGCAGUAGCAGAAACGAUGAAGUCGCCCAGGACGUUAGAAAAGGAUCCGAAUCGGUCGCGGGCGGUUCAGUUCCUCGUCAGUUGUCAGCCGGAGCGGACCGGCAGCCUCGUGCAGAAGCGGUGUGCAGCGUUGUGGCAGCGGUUGGUGUGGACAGUCGUGGUGAGCUGGUGGAUAGGUUGUACCUAGCGCGUGACGGACAACGGUGGCUACGGGUGCCCGCAUCGGAUCCGGUCGAUUGUGCCCCUGGUGUCGAUCCUGGUAACGGUGCAACGGCCGCCCAUUGGAGUAGUGCCGGUACGGGCGGUACUCUCGAUCAAACCGAUCCGGAGACCGCGGUGAAACUUACUUUCGACGGUAACAGUGCGAGGGGACGUAGUACCGGUGCGGACCAGUUCGAACAGUUUUGUGUCAAGUGUCGUGUGUAUCUUUUGGAGCAUUUUGCAAAGUUUCGCAGCAACGUCGGCGUGAUGUCGCGCUUGAAUGGUAAGGAUUGUGCACCGAGCUUAGGACUGCGUCACUCGGAAGGAGGUGGUGGAGUUGGCCCGGGUGCAAACAUCGAUCGCUCCAAGAAACCUUUCUCCAGACCGUUCAACAAGAACCGGCUGCAGCACGACGCGUCAGCAGCUGGAGGUGGUGGUGGUGGUGGAAGUGGUACAUUGAACGUCCCAGCCACAGCAAGGAUGCCCUCGAGUACGGGCAGCAGCAGUUCGCCACCGAGUGCGGCCGACACAAACGCCCUCAUACGUCAGAACAAUGAACUACGCCACCGGCUGCAGGAGGAGGCGAACAACUAUCGGCGCCGGUUAGACACGUACAAGCAGGCGCAAAACAAUCAAGCUGCCUUGGUUAGCCGACUGCAGGCAAAGGUACUGCAGUACAAACAACGUUGCACGGAUCUGGAACAAUUGCCUCCCGCGGCUGCGAGCUGUAUCGCUGGCGGUGGUGGUGGUGGUGGACGCUAUGGUACUGGAAGUCGAGAACCAUCGCCCGGAUCAAGACAUCCGCAUCAUCCGCACCAUGCGCCAUCGUCACCACCACCGACGGGUGGCGCAAUCUGUUCCGAUGCGGCAGGACCACUCAGCCUGCCCUCGGUAUGCCCGGUAGCGCGGGAACGCGCCCGGUCAAGAUCCCGGUCGCAAUCACCGUGCCGGAAGUACUCCGAAGGAUCCCACGACGAAAUCCGCCAUCAGCUGGACGAGGAACGACGACGUUGCGAAAAAUUGCUGGUCGAGAACUCCUGCCUGCGGCAGCAGUUGGAAGAGUCUCAUCGCACCAACGACGCAUUAACGAACGAUCUCCAGAAGCUUACCAGCGAUUGGGAAAGCUUGCGUGAUGAACUGUUGAGCAAGGAAGACGAAUGGAAAGAGGAGGAACAGGCAUUCAACGAUUACUAUAAUAACGAACAUACGCGGCUGUUGAAAAUGUGGCGCGAGGUGGUACAGGUGCGCCGCAUGUACAACGAGAUGGCCUCCACCACCAAGAUGGAGCUCGGUCGCAUGCAUCUCGAGCUGUCAGGCACGGUGCGCGAGGUGUCGGGUGCUUGUAGCGGCGUCUCAGUGAACCUGAAACAGUCGUCCAAAUUUGAGGAGGCACAACAGAUGCACAUUGAGCGUGAAAACAUGGAGCUUAAGUCGCAACUGUCCGAACUUCGGCUGCAGUACGAAGCGGCCAGGCAAGAGAUAAGCCAGCGUGACCAGCGACUACAACAGAUGGCGCAAGAUCUGAAGCUACUCGAUGAUCGCUAUACGCAGGCCGACAGUCAAGCAGCCCAGGCACACCGCAUGAACGAUGAGGUGGAACGGCUACAGGCGGCCCUGCGUGACAUAGCCCACGCGGUGGUCCAGGACGCAGAAACGAGCGCGUCGGCCGAUGUAGGUUGUGGCGGGCUUGCCGGUGACGGACAGCACCAUCUGCAUCUAUCGCAGCCGAUCGUGUCCCCCGGAGUGGCACCACGUUCACCGAAACGUUCUUCCGGUGGUGGUGGAAGUGGUGGACUGCGUGCUUCACAGGCUUUCGCCGAGGGUACGAUUUCCGCUGUGCAGGCCGCACUGCACAAAUACCAGCUAGCCAUACACGAUCUGCAGGUCAAGUUGCAGACAAACAACGAGACGCUGAAGGCCACGCGAAAGCAGUACGACGGUUGCGAGCAUGCACGUGACAUGCUGUCCGGCAAGGUCGCGGAGCUGACGGAAAAGCUCGACUCGGCGAACCAUCAGCUCUCGGAACUGUACAAAGAACGGGACAGUCUGCAGAAGACGCUGGAUGGGUUGCGCUCGGAUAAGCACACGGUGGAACGCGGAAAGGCGGAACUGAACUCCAUCGUCGAUAGUUUAAACACCGAUUAUGAGAAGCUACAGAACGUCAAUAGCAAACUGCAGAAGAUGUACGACGCGCUAGAGGAAGAGAAGAAAAUGAUCGAGCUGGAACUUCAACGCGUCCAUAAAGAUAAAGACAUUCAGGAAAUGAAUUUAAGAGCGGAAGAAGAACGUUGCAGUAGACUGCGCGAAGAAACCAUUACGCUUCGAGAGGAGCUGAACAAGCUCUACCUUUCACGCGACUUGCUCGAACAGCAACGCAUCGAAUCGGACGGGCUGCUGAAUAUGCUCGAGAAACAGAAACUUGAGCUUGAGUUCGAACUAGACCGUGUGACUGGCGAACGCAAUGAACUGCACGCCACACUAGAAAAACGUACCAACUCCAACGAACACCAGGAACAGGAAAUCCGCCAGCUGAAAUCGACCGUAGCGCAGCUGGACGAAGAGCGCGGCAAACUGCGCGUUCAGUCGAAUGACCAGAGUGCGGAUCUGGCUUCCCUCAAAAAAGAGCUCAUCAGCGCUGAACAGGCCAGGCUGGAUCUCGAUUCGGAAAAGCUGGCCAUCAGUGAACGGUUGAAGUGUCUCGAGAUGGAAAAGGACAAAAUCGAGGCAGAGCUUAGCUGUGUAGCACGCGAACGCAACGAUCUCAGCAAUCAACUUGCAACCAUUGCACGCAAGAAGGAAACCAUCGGUGAAGAGGUGAUGCGACUUCGGCAACGGCUAGAGCAAUCGAAUGAAAUGAAUGGUCGGCUAAAUCGCUCGCUUGAAGAGCUGGUAAAGGAAAGCGAAGAAAAGACGGUUACCAUCGAAGGGCAUGAAAAGGAACUGCAAAGAUUACAGGAACAACUUGCUUCAAUACGCAGUGAGAAGGAAUCUUUGGAAGCCGUUCUUUUCGACACAAACACCUCCCUCGAGGAGGCCGAAGCAAAGAAAGAUGCACUGGAGCGAGAAAAUCAAGAUCUGCUUAUCAAGCAAGAAUCGCACAAGGCUCUAAUCGCCCGGCUCAACAAGGACCUGGAAAACGCGGAACGACGCGCCCAGGAUAUCAAGAUUCAGCUAACAAAUGCGGCCGCCAAUCAAGAGGCCGAGUUCUUACAGAAACUCUCAAGCUUGCGCACUUUCAGCGAGGAAAACAUCAAGAAGCUGAACGACGAAAAGGAGCAGAUUCGACAAACACUCGAGAAGCGUAUGCAGCAAUCGCUCCAGGCGUUAGAAAGCGCCAAAGAUGCCGAAAUCCGACAGCUCCGCGAGCAGUACGAGACGCUGCAGAUGCAUCUGGAUGCAUUGAAUCAACAGCACGAGGAAGUGAUCCUGCGGGCGGAGAACGAAAAGCAGCAAGCGUUGCUGAUUGCCCAUCGCGACAAACAGGCCGUGAUCGAGAAGCUGGAGCUCACGGCACGGGAACUGAAAAAUGAGCUGGAAAAUGGCGAUCGGUUGAAGCGCGAGAUGGCCGCCCGUCAGGAGAAGGACCGCACCACGAUCGGUUGUCUGCGGGACGAAAUUACCAAGAUGCGCACGAAAGCGGAGGAGGCGCGCAUUCGCGCGGAAGAGGAAAUGAAUCGGCUCGAGGUAGCUGCGGGAUCGCUGCGCGAAGAGAAGGAUUACCUGGUGAAAGACGGAGAAGAGCUGAAGGUGCAACUCCGCCUUUCGGAGGAUCGUUGUGAUGCGCUAAACCAUCAGCUUCAGGAUACGCAGCGCAAAUUAAAGGAAGCGGAAAAUAACACCGAUGGAACGAGGAAGGAUUUGACGGACACCAGACGAACCCUGGCGGAUAGCAACAUCGAAAGGGACAAGUACGCCAACAGUAACAAAGAGCUACGGGACCAUGUGAAACGGGUGGAGGAACAGCGCCGGCAGCAGGCACGCACCAUCGAAGAUGCAAUAGCUAAGAUUUCUUCACUGGAAGAAACGCGUAACGGCUUGGAGCAGGAUAAGGUGCGCCUGCAGACCAUCCUGAAGGAAACGGAAACAAAUGUCACCAAACUUAACCAGGAGCUUACGAACGCUCAAACCGACAUACAAAAGUUCCAGACGGACACAAGUCAAAAGGACGCGUCAGAAAAGGAGCUUCAGGCCCGUUUGGCAAACGAGGGCGAGGAGAAGGAACGCGUGUUGGCGGAGUUGCACCAGAUCAAGAAGCAGAUGGCCGACCUAGAGGGUACACUGUGCGCCACCCGUCAGGAGCUCGGCCGGGCGCGCUGUAAGGCCAACCAGGACGAGCAUCGGUUCCAUCAGCGCGAGCAAGAGCUGUGCGCACGGAACGAGGAAGGUCGUGGCCGUGAGAAGAGGCUCGAGGACCAGAAGCACAACCUUGAGGUGUGUCUAGCCGAUGCGACACAACAAAUCCAGGAGCUGAAGGCGCGGCUGGGCGGUGCCGAGGGACGUGUCCGGGCGCUCGAUGAGCAGCUGGUGCAGCUGGAGUGCCAGAAGAAGGAGGUCGAAAACAAGCUCAGCUCGAUCGGCCACACGUUGCGCCGUAUUGCCGGUAUUCAGAUGGACGGUUCGGUCAGUUUGCCGUAUCGUCUGAUGAGCCCCUCGCGUCGGUACAGCCCAGCGAGAGGUGGUACCGGUGGACGAUCAGAGAGCGGUGACUAUCCACCCGGACACCAUCACGGGCAUCACGGGCAUCAUCACCAUCAUCACCACGGACACGAGACGCGCAGUCUCUCCGGUGAGAAUGUGCUGAUAGACGUCGAUCCGGAGAUGGUGCGAAAGGGUGUGCGGUCGCUAAUGCAGCAAAUCGCACACAUCGAGCGCGAACGGGAUGAUUUCAAGGUGCAGCUGUGCACUGCGCGCAAACAGCUGCAGGAGGGCAGCGAUGCACAGCUUCGCCUGGAGACGAAGAUCAACAAACUGCAGCAGCAUGUACGCGCGGUGCAUGAAGACAAAACCAACCUAGAGGCACGGUUGGCGCAGAAGACGAGCGCCUUACAGUCGACCGAGGAAACGCUGCGCCAGAAAUCAGACGAGCUGACGGCUUUACGCGAGAAGGCGGCCCAGCUGGAACAGUCCCUAACGAGCACAACUGAGGAACGGACCCAUCUCGAGGAGCGAUUGGACAAAUGUCGCCAGGGCGGAGCACGUCUCGAAUCUGACAAGCGCCAUCUGCAGGACGAGCUAGCCCGCACAGAGGCGCGGGCCACCAAAUUGGACCUGCAACGGGUCGCCCUCGAGGGUGAUAUACAACGGCUGCAAAUGGCAAUGCAGGAGAAGGAUUGUACGCUGCGCAAUCAGCAGGAACGGUUGGAAAAUCAGCAGCGUUCGCUGACACAGCUCGAGGAUCGCUGUGUUGCACUCAAGAGCACAGUCGACCAGCUCAAGGAACGGCUACAGGCUGCGGCCAUAACCGAAACGGAACUGCGCGGUGAAAUAAGCGGCCUGCAGCGACACAAUGCCGACCAAAGCCACACGUUCGCGCUUGGUCAGGACAAGUUGAAGCAGCUGCAGAAGACGCUAACCGGCAGCGAGAACGAGCGUCGCGUACUGGCCGAACGUCUCGAUGCGACCCAACACACCAUCAACGAGCUGCGGCGUAACCAGCAGGCUGCCCAGGACGGUACGACCCGCCUGCAGGAACAGUUGGCCGAAUGUGAGGUUCAGAAGUCCACUCUGGAGAGUCAGCUGCGCCUGGCCAAGUGGAACCAGGAAACGAGCGAACAGCUCGCAGCAACGGGUGGCAAUAUGGGUGGAGGUGGCGCCGGUGCUUCUGGUGAUCAGGAACUUGCGCGCCAGCUGAUCAGUUCGCAGCGGGAACGAAACGACCUGCGCAACCAGGUGGAGACGCUAAACGAAAGGAUCCGCACACUGGAGCGCGAUAAACGUCCAGCUGGCAAGUACGAUCGGUCCGAGAAGAAGUUGACCGGCGGCGAGUACGACUCAAACCGGAUGGAGUCGACGGCUUACAACUGUGGAUUGGACCAUGCACAGAUCGAGCAGGAAGGGCGUGAGCUGCGCAUGAAGGUACGCCGGCUGGAAACGCUGCUCGCGGAGAAGGAAGCGGAGUUGGCACGGUCCCGGGCGAAGCUGCUCGAAUCACCGAGCAAGGCCAGCAGCCUCGGUGGGGGCAGUGCUGGGGUUGAUGUCGAACGUUACCGGAGCGCACAGGUACAGGCAGAACGGUUGCUAGACGCACGGGAACAAUCACACCGACAGCAAGUUACUCGUCUGGAGAAUCAAAUUACGAUGCUUAGGGAGCAGCUGGCACAGGAGGCAAAACGACGCCAGCAGUACAUACUACACAGUUCACGUGCCGGCAGAGAGAUGCAACAGCUGCGCCAGACCAUUGGGGAAUCACUACGCAACGUAGCACAGGAUCCGCUCGAUACGGGUUUGCUUGAAAGCGAAGCACGUCGAUUGGACAGUGCUGUAUCAAUGAGCUUACCACCAACAACUGGCCGAGGUAGAGGAGAAUUUGAUCGCAGUCUCAGUCCCACGUUCCGUUAAUGACAUCGGAUCGAUUCACACCGCUCAAUCCAUACACUGCCCUAACUUGUAUUGUUAAACAUCAAUCAAAGUAUUUUGAAAGAUAAUUGUGGACAGGCACGAUAGAAGUUAUUAUAUAUAACCGUCCAAUAUUAAAUUAUUAUUAGAGAAAAGCACACAGCACUGUCGCUUUCAGUAGGAAACACUCGAUCUCUAAGUAAUAUGAAUCAAUCCAACUAAAAUAGUUGCCGGAUUGGCAGUUGGAUAAACCAAUAUCUCCAUUGAUCUCACUAAAACAGUCAUACGCAAAAGCUUUUAAAGUACGGUACGGGUACGGUAGCAUAAGUGGGAGAAUCAUCAAAUAUUAUCCAAACGAAUUCAUAUUUAACAUAAGUCGUAAUAUAGUCGCAUAACGAUUUACCUACAGCUGUUAAUAGCAGAUAUCAUCAUACGGUUCACCGCCGGUGCGUUAGCAGUAUGGACAGACAGAUUAGCCAGCAUCGGAUGUUAUCCAAAAACGGCAUCAACUUCAU